UCGCACGAAUGUGGCAGAUCUAUACCAUAUUAAUUUAUUUGUGGAGCUGCGUACAAUAUGGUUGGACGAUGGGUGCUCAUAUAUCUGUUGGUGUUAUAUAUUGACAAAGUGUUCUCCUCUCAAGAUGUUGUGACAGUGGAUGGUGUCACAGGAGGCAGUGUUAUUUUGCCUUGCAUAUACACAGAUGAAGUGAUCAAAACUGAAGAUUUGACUGUAUACUGGCGCUUGAAUGACAGCAUGGUUGUGUAUGAACAUGUCUCAGAUGGAACCGGAUAUAAACCAGACCCACAGUUCGAGAACAGGACACGCAUGUUCCCUGAAAUGUACAGCACAGGCAACUUCUCUCUAUCACUGGGAAACGUGUCAAUCACAGAUGGAGGACUGUACUCCUGUUUUAUCCUUCCUGUUAAUGUGGAGAAAAAAAUAGAGCUUCGUGCCACAGAGGCUCCAGCUGAAAAAACAGAUCGAGAUGAUAGAAACAGUAGUGUGAAAAUCGGUCCUGUAUCAUCGCUGUUACUCUUCCUGAUGCUUCUCUUCAGACACAUCGUACUGUUUAUGUGAGCAAUGGGGUGAAGCAGUAUCAGCCUUAUGUCUCCAGUGAAACCCAGCAAGUUGCCGAAAUGAAGCUGCCUUACUUGAUCUGUGGACCAUUGGAAUGUACAGUAUUUAUUGCCUUAUUUGGAAAUACAGGCCUGCCUUAAAUUUGAUAUUUU